ACAAGCUGAUACGUUUUAACAUGUAUCGAACAUGCGCAAUAGAGCUUCUGUAGUGUUAUAAAUAUUGGCGAUAUUGGUUCAUUUUAUCAGCUAGCGUAUAGAAUUAACUUCAGAUUAUACCUGACGCAGUUGUCUACCUUUCUUUCAUUAAACAGUAUCCAAUGGCGCUACCAAAUGGCCCGAUGGAGAUUGUGUUCUCAUUUGAUACGACAGGAAGUAUGUACAAUUUUCUGAACGAAGUUCGUGGGCGUGUCUCUGACAUGAUACAGCGUCUUCAGGCAGAUAUCCCAGGUAUAAGAAUUGCUAUAUUCGCACAUGGUGACUAUAUUGACAAAGACACAUAUUACGUCACAAAAUACCUUGAUUUCACUGACGACGUAACAAAAGCGGUAGAGUUCGUGACUAACGUUGAAGACACCUGGGGAGGUAAUGAUGGAGGCGAAUGCUAUGAACUUGUUCUGCAUGAGGUAAGAACAAAAUUGUCAUGGUCGCCAGGUUCACAGAGAGCUCUCGUUAUGAUUGGAGAUGACAUAGCACAUGAACCUAACUUUCGUCGAAAUAAAUUGAAACUUGACUGGAGAAAGGAAGCCGAUAGCCUCGCUUCUAUCGGCGUUCGUAUUUACUCUGUUCACUGCGGCACAUACAGCAAAGCCGACGUUUUCUACGGUCAGCUAGCACGUAAAACAGACGGACAGCAUCUCAAGUUGCAAGAUUUCAAAAACAUUUUCGACUUUUUGAUGACCGUAUGCUAUAGAGAAAAGGGAGAAGAUCUCUUUCAAAACUACGAGAAGGAAGUUCGAGCCAGAGGUGAAGCAAUUCACAAAGAUCUGGAUAAACUGUUCGGCGACUUACGUGGCAAAACACCGGCUGCCUCUACUACUUCAACUGUUGGAGCUUCAAAGCCCAGUCCAAAACCAACGACCAAACGCAUCAAAACAGUAAAGGCAGCUCCUUUGACCAAGAAGCCAUCUUUAACCAAGAGACCAAUCCGAGUAAAGGCUACAGUUCCCAAACACAAAAUGUUUGGAGAAAAAUACUUACCGAAAUUACGUCGAGAAAAUGUCCCUGAAUGUAACUUUAUGCUUAGAGAAAUGCCUUGGUCGGCAUGGAAACUUGUGAUAUCACCAUCGGAAAAGAAGUUGAAUGUAGCUACACAUGCUCGCAAAGGAAAAGGUUGUGGAUUUAAGGCAAAGGAUAUAUUUGAUGGCAGAACAAAAGUUCCUGCUUUGUAUGAAGUUGCAGUUCAAACGAAAUACCGUACAAGAAGACACGUUGUCUAUAACAAACUAUGUCGUCUGGGAUUUGCGCGCAGAACAAACUGGGAAAAGUGUCUCCUCGGACGCUCAGAUAUUCAAAAACAACUUGAUGCUGUUGUGAGAAAAGGCUGCAGUGUUUUCAUUCGACGAGUGGUAUUAAAAAAGCCAAAGAUAAACACUAUGCUCCACAAAAGCUUGAACAGGUAUGACUAUUCUUGGAAGGGAGUGCGAUCCGAGCGGGUGGGUCACAGGAAGGUUACAAAGAACUCGAUUGACAUCUCAGAUGAGAUGGAAAUGUAAAUUCAAAAAGACAUUAUUAGACAAGUUUAGUUAUUCAGUAUACACACUAGUCAACAAAUCUCCGUUCAUUUGCUUGUAUAAAUAUUUACUAUUUGUAUACAUUUACUUGCCAAGUUUGAUAUAUUUGUGAACAGUAAUGCAUUGGUUUGUCAUUGUAAAAAUUGUUGAUAAAGAUGUUGAUCUUUCUGUUCUAUAUUGUUUGCCUUGCGAAUAGAUAUGAAUCAAAUGAAGUAAAACAGUGAUAUAAGAAACAAAAAUACGCAUGCGAAACUGUUUGCCUAUCACUAUGGGCAGUUUCUUGUCAAAGGUGGAAUAUACCGUUACCGUUAUACUUUCUGACUGUAUGUAUGAGAAAGCAAAAAAUUGCAAAACCAAGUUUUAAGCCACAACAUAGCCCUGUACGGGUAACGUAAGAUAGUUAAAGUUAGUUUAAAGUUCUGUCUUUAUUUCGCAAAUAUGAACAUAAGACAGAGAAAAAAGGACAAAUUAUUAGCUCGUAAAUAUGCAAAGGAGGAGUAAACGCUUCAAAAAGUGCCCCAAAGAAAUAAAUGUAUAAAAAGAAACGAAAUAUGUAAGGGCAUUCACUGUAAGCAUCUUUGUUUUGACCUAGCACAAAUUGAUUCUUGGAUAAACUUUAAUUAUGAUAGCAUA